CGGAAGUUGUUGAGAUUCCUGUGUUUAUUGCGCUCCAUUCAUCUCUGGAACUGAUCACUGCACUCAGACUCGCCACUUGAAACAACUCGGGCAGCCUGGUGGUGGAUCCAGCGAGUGACCGGUGCUGGCCAUCGGAUUGGAAUCUUUGAGCUUGUCCUGAAAUCCGUAAUAAAUUUUGCGUCAUAACUUGACGAUAUGGAGCAGAACAACAGUCUACCCCCUUUCCCUCAAGGGCUGGCAUCUCCACAGGGAGCGAUGACGCCUGGCAUGCCCAUUUUCAGUCCAAUGAUUCCUUAUGGCACGGGCCUCACACCACAGCCAGUGCAGAACACCAACAGCUUGUCGCUCCUGGAGGAGCAGCAGAGGCAACAACAGGCAGCCUCACAACAGCAGGGUGGGAUGGUAGGAGGUUCAGGCCAAACACCCCAGCUCUACCACUCACAGGCUGUCUCCACGACAACGGCACUGCCAGGCAACACACCCCUUUACACCACACCUCUCACACCUAUGACCCCCAUCACUCCUGCCACACCAGCCUCUGAGAGUUCUGGCAUCGUUCCCCAAUUACAGAAUAUUGUUUCCACUGUAAACUUGGGGUGCAAACUUGACUUAAAGACAAUAGCACUACGAGCCAGAAAUGCUGAGUAUAAUCCAAAGCGUUUUGCUGCCGUCAUCAUGAGAAUACGAGAACCCAGAACAACAGCUCUCAUCUUCAGCUCUGGAAAGAUGGUGUGCACAGGAGCAAAAAGUGAGGAACAGUCCCGCUUGGCUGCCCGAAAAUAUGCCAGAGUGGUGCAGAAGUUGGGUUUCCCUGCCAAAUUCUUAGACUUUAAAAUUCAGAACAUGGUAGGAAGCUGUGACGUCAAGUUUCCCAUCCGAUUAGAGGGCCUGGUGCUUACACACCAGCAGUUUAGCAGCUAUGAACCAGAGUUAUUUCCUGGAUUAAUCUACAGAAUGAUCAAACCCAGAAUUGUCCUUUUAAUAUUUGUUUCUGGGAAAGUCGUACUCACAGGUGCAAAGGUUAGAGGAGAAAUCUAUGAAGCAUUUGAGAACAUAUACCCCAUUUUAAAAGGAUUCAGGAAGACAACAUAAUCCCUGUGCCAUGAACCAUUCUUUAUUAACUGGUGAAGACAUUACUGAGCCCACUGGUGUGUUUGGUUUGGUCUACACGGAUACAUUUUAUUAUUUUGUAAGUGUAAAUAUGAAGGACUAAUUUUAUUCACUCAGAAAUGGAUCUGAUUGAGGAUAAAUGCUUUUAUUUGACCUUUUUAAAAUGUAUUUCACCUGCUAUUUGGUUUUCAAAAUAUUGUGUUAUCCAUGUCUGAACAUUUUAAUGGUUUGAAUACUUUUAUUGUUUUAUGAAUUUUAAAUUUGCAUCUGUUCAUACAUUUUACACAUUCCCUUUGAGCAAGUUUUAUGUAUUACUUGUAUUACUGAUUGUGUGUGUGAACUGUGGCAAGUAAUGCCCAUGUUUCCCAGUGCAGGAAGAAUGUCUUUAUUUUGAGGAGUGAAUUUACAUAAUUUCAGACAAAGACGUGCAAGCGGAGGCUAAUUCUUCGAUUGUUAAAAUUAUCAUAUGGAUUUGACCUUUUAAGUUACGGUCUUCUAUGAGAUCUGUAACAAAUUUGGCAGAUCGAACUAUAUAUUUCCCUUUGAAUUGUAUUAUAUUAUAUUCUGUAGGUCUCCCACACAGCCCCAUGAAAAGCACUGACUUUUUAAUGAAUGUCUUGGGCAAUGUAACCAAUUCUCUUUGCAAUUGGAUGUAAAUAAAUAUUUCCUUAGCAGUUUGUGCCUGUCAAAGCAUCAUAUUACAUCUGAAAGACUAUCUCUAGACUAUUCCUUUUUCUU